GCCGUCAAUAAGCUUGAGGGAGCGAGCGAAGCCUGCCUUCUCCUCUCUCGACUCUUCUAGUCUUCUUCUCCUUCCCCUUCUUCCCUCUUCCUCGCGCUUUCUUCUCCGGACUGCACCGUUUUCUGUUUCAACUUGACCUGACCACAGAUGGCUGGAAGCCCAUCAGGCUCCAUCGAUCUCGCCGCAAACGGCAACGGCGCGGUGAAGUUUCUCUGCAGCUACGGCGGCAAGAUCCUUCCCCGUCAUCCUGACGGCAAGCUCCGUUACGUCGGCGGCGAGACCAGGGUCCUUUCCGUCGAUCGAUCCGUCUGCUUUGCUGAGCUCGCGGUUAAGCUCGGGGAGUUGUGCGGCGAGCCUGGCUCUGUGUGUGUGAGGUGCCAGUUGCCGACGGAGGAUCUCGAUGCUCUGGUCUCCGUCACCUCCGACGAGGACCUCUUGAAUCUGAUCGAAGAGUACGAUCGGUUCAAUCGGGGAAAGCCGUCUCCUUUGAAGAUAAGGGCCUUCCUCUCUCCUCGUAGGCGUAGCACCAAGAAACCCUCUUCCCCCCCUUCUCCGUCUAUUUCCACUCUGAAGCUGUUGGAUUCCGGGAAGCUCCCCAAGCCGGCCGGAAAGAUACUAGUCCCGUCAACAGGCCGUUGCAUCCACCAGAUCUUAGCGCCGGAGAGGUCUCACGUGCCCAAUCAUCACCACCACCGCCACCUGAUCAUCCCUGUCGACGGAUGCUCGGACUCCGCGUUCAAGACGGUCGAACUACCCCUACGGAUUUGGUGAAGGGCGGAGGGGGCCAUGGCUGCUCUGAUCUACAAAAAAAUUUCUUACAAAUAUGUGAUUUGAUUACUUUCUAUGGUGCCAUCCUUCACAGUUCACACUUUUGCUUUUUCAAAUCGUCCACAUAACGCGCUGGAUGUGCGCGUGGGGCCUAGAUGUUGAUUAACACUUAUACAGAAGAUUUUAUGCUUUGCUUGGAGGGAGGGCCAAAGGGAAGAAAAGCAAUGGAAGCAGAAGUGAAGAAUCUGGGAUCUUUCAGUUUGAGUCGGUCAAUUGGGGCCUUGGAUUUCAGAAAAAUAUUGAGCUGGACAAAGAGAGAAAACAGGAAAGAAUUGAGGCCAUACAUAUAUAUGGCGGACCACCUGCAUGGACUGGAACAAGAAUUACCUUCCUGGAGAAGAUGAAAAUAAAAGAAAAGGAAAGGUCUUGAAGGCAGAAGAAAGAAACAAAAACAUAAAAGGCUAUAAAACGAAGCUUUAAAAAGAUAAAAGAAAAAAAUGGUUCCACUGUGAUCUCUGUACAAUCAUGGUCCGGUCGGCGGUCAGUUGAUCGAUCAGGCUCAGCUGAACUGCCCUUGAUUGGUGAAUGCAAUGAGAGAUUGGAAACA